UCGCUAUAUUUAGCAUGCUGCAGGUUCAACUUCAAGGAGCGAGAUAGAAAAAUACUCGGAGAAAUUCACUUUUUGGAGGCAAGGUGGACUUUUAAAAACAGGAUUGCAACAAUAGGUAGUCGUAAAUCAAUGAAUAAUUAUAUUUUCUACCAGAAAAGGUGAAUUUUAAGCAACCUUUCUGACCUGCUCAAGCAAAACUAGUUUAGGAUUACAUAGGAGCAAGACUUGGUUUAGAUGGCUACCAAGGUGCGGUACCUAGACAGAAGAUUGCUCAAGAAUGUUCUUCGUCACACAGAGACUCACAACAGACUUCAAGAGGAGGAGGAAAUGUGGGAUAAGAAGAAAGACCGGAGAUCAGAUAGACCCAAGAAGAGGUCACGAGGUCCGGUCAGAUAUGGGCAGAUGUACAGUGAUUCCCCUCAAGACCUGAUCGGUGGAAGUAGCAGAGAUAAAUGGAAUCAACGGAGACUGAACAGAGGUGGCAGACAGGGCAUGGGCAGGGAGGUGGAGAGAUGGAGUCACAAUGGAUUCAUGGAGCUCUACCCAGAAGAGAGUAUUAACAGGUCCUCUAUGGAUGAGAGCAGUGAUGAAGGGGGUAUAGGGCAAUCCAGCAAAAGAAAGAAACAUUCAAAGAGAUCUGAACGACCAAAGAAACCAUCUAGAGACCAGCAAGAAAGCGAUGAUAGUUCCUCAGAUUCAGAGAGUUCAACCAGUUUUAGCAGUUCUGACAGUUCUUCAAGUGAAAGCAGUGGCAGCGAAGGAGAGAAGGACAAAGGAAGAAUCACUGAAGCAAGGAAACCACAAAGAGAUGAUGAGAGGAAACACUCAAGGAGGAGAGAUAACCCCAGGAUGCAUAGAAGAAGUCCCAGCAGGAGAAGCGUGAGUAAGGAACGAAGUAGACGACAAAGGAGGAGUAGAGAAAGAAGAAAUUCUGGAAGAAAUGACAAAAGGAAUGGACACAGUGAAGAUAAGAAAUCAAGGAGAGACAAGAGUACGGAUAGAGACAAGCCUCGAAAAAGACACUCCAGUCAUGAUACAUCAAGAGACAGGCACCAUCGAAGGAGAGAUGACAGAGAAUCCAGUAGAAAAAGGAAGAGUGAUAGAAAAGAUAGAAGCAGAGACAGAAAAAGGAGUAGAAGAAGCAGGUGAUCUGGAGUUUUGUGCAUCAGUGUGCUAUAGCAAUUUGAUUUUUUUCUUCUGUUUGUGGUUUGAGUAACCAUUGCCAAGUUUGAGGUUGUCUGUCAUUUUUAUGAGUAGAUGUUCCUAUUUGUUGUUGCUCUUCAAGAUUCAUAAGAAAAGUAAUGUAAUGGUAGGACAGUGCGUCCUAGAAAGAAUGAAAACCCGAUAACAAAUGAAUAUUGUGAACAAACUGCAGGUAUAAUGAGCUGCAUGAAUAUGAUUUCUUGCUUUUUAUAAAGUGGAAGUGCUUUGCAUUAUACAUUGAAUACAUUAAGCCAUAUACACCUCAUUGAGCAACAUUGUUUUGAAAAUGGCAUGUCAGAAUCAAUCUUGGCCUGAUUUGGGUGAACUGAAUAAUUAACUAUCCCAUAUGGGACCAUGACCUGAAGGAAACAAACAGUUCAAAGCUGAAUGAGGAGCUUGUUUUCAUGUGUUUCUCUGUUAAUUAUGGGGGCAAGAUAAUUGCCAUCAUCAUAAAAUAAAGGAUAUGGGAGGCAUUGUCAAAGAUGGGGGUAAAAAUAAUAUUCUGUACCUAAAUUUGUCUGCAAUUGUUUGAAAUGAACAGUGAUUUUUGCAUUUUUCAGAACUGCAACUUUUCAAAAGAGGAAAUCAGACAGUCAGGUAAUAUUUAUGCAAGAAUCAAAGUAAGGAGCACCUUAUAACGGGUAAGGUAUGGUCAAUUGGGCACAUAAUGUAGAAAAAUAAAUCAUCAGAAUAGGGAAUUUUCCUCUCAUUUUCAAAAGCAUUUCCUUAAAGUUUUUUUUGUAUGUGGUUUUUCACUAUUUUUCCAAAAUGCGCCACAAAUGGAUUUUAACAUACCAUUUUCAAAAUAAUAUUAUUCAGUCAAGCAUUCAUGGUUUAAUGCCUACACUCAUCAGUGUAUUAUUUGGAAGCAAUACUUUUACUUUAGGAAAAGCAAGUUUUUUUUCAUAUACAUGUACUAUUCGCUCAUAGUUUGCUCACGAUAAGUAUUUGUUUUGAGAUUUUGUUUUUUUCUCCGAUGUACUGUACAUGUAUAUUAGAACAUUUCAGUACUAUAGGAGAUCAUCACAUUUAUUAUAGAAUAAAUUUAAUUGCACAAUUUGUAAAAGCUAAUACAGUAGAGGUGUUAUGGUCCAGUCGAUUAGUCUCAGAACUGAACUACAAGGUACGGGUUCAAAUCCCUGCCACAACAUUAAUGUAUAUUGGCAAGAUUUUAAUCUAAAUUUGCCACACUCCACCCAGAUGAGGUAAAUGGGUACCUGGUAGAAUUAUUCCUUGAAAUGGGCUCUGUGCUUAUAGCGGCUCCCAGAGCUAACGCUAGGGUAAUCAUUUCCAAAGCCCUGAGGAAGCACAUAGGGACGUUAAAAUUCAUAUAAAUAAUGUGUUAAAUGCACUAUACAAUAACGGAAUAUUAUUAUUAUUAAAUGUACAAAUUUGAGAGUUUGUGUCUUUGUAUUAGUCUCUCUAUCAUUACCUUUCCAAUAUGCUUAAAAUAUAUACAAAAAGCUUAUUGAAGAAUUAUGCUGCCUUCAAUUCAUGAGAUUGGUCAGUCUUUAAAGAAUGUAAUCUAGAACCUGAGAUGAACUCUCCUCUGCCUUGUUACCAUGUGAUGUGAUAAACCCCCUCUAAAAACCUGAUGUAAUCUAGAACCUGAGAUGAACUCUCCUCUGCCUUGUUACUAUGUGAUGUGAUAAACCGCCUCUAAAAACCUGAUGUAAUCUAGAACCUGAGAUGAACUCUCCUCUGCCUUGUUACCAUGUGAUGUGAUAAACCGCCUCUAAAAACCUGAUGUAAUCUAGAACCUGAGAUGAACUCUCCUCUGCCUUGUUACUAUGUGAUGUGAUAAACCGCCUCUAAAAACCUGAUG